AUGCCACCAACACCAUCCCAUCCCCCACCCCACGACUCCUACCACAACUACUCCUCAACCCUCUCCGCCUUCUACGCCCACAACCCCUCGCCUUCCAGUCCCACUCCAACCGAUUCCCUCUUCUCCCUCCCAACAAUCCACCACAAACUCCAAGAAAGAUUCUUCCAACACCUCGACACCGCCAUCCUCUCCCGUCUCCAUUUCCUGGUAGAGCAGCAAUCAUCAUCACAUCGAACCUUCCCCCUCCCACCAAUUUUCGGAAUUUUUCAAAAGGAGAUCAAGAUCCGGUGUGAUUUACAACAAGCGCGACGAGGGAGACAGGAUUCCGAGCAGGAGGAUGAUGUGGAGUUGAGAAAAACUUCGUUUGCGAUUCGGCACGUCGAAAAAUUUGUGGGCGGCAUUUGGUAUCCUGAUGACGAAGAAGGGGAGGAGGAAAAGAAGGUGGGGAAUGAUGCGCUUACGCUGGCGAGUGGGGAGAGGAUUUUUCAUUUUUAUGGUUGGGUCAAGAGGUUUUGGACGGAAGAGGGGGAUCAAAGUGGGGUUCAGAAGGAAGAGUUGUGGGGGCGUUGGAUGAGGGAGGAGAGGGUGGGGAGGGAGUGGCUUGAGAUGGUGAUGGAGGGGGAGGGGGAUAUGAGAAACGAUGGUGGGGAGGAGGAGGAUAUAGAGGAUGAGGAGGAUGAGGAGGAGGAGGAGGAAACUCAGGAUAUUGGAUUGAGUUUUCGGGAAUGCGUCGAGACUUUUUUGUUGAAUUGGGAUGGUAAUAGGGGGGGGGGGAGGAUGAUAAUGAUGAUGAUAACGGGGAGGACCUGGGAAAUGAUAAUGGGAGGAUGA